AUGUCUCCUCAAAGCCAGAUUUCUUUGCUUUAUAUUUUGGUUUGUAGUAUAACAUUCAUCACUUGUGGAAUAGAAGGACAGAAGGGUGCUGAACCAGAAGUGACUAUUGCGCAUGGACGGCUCAGAGGAAAACAAGCGAACGUGAAGGGGACGGAUAGACUUGUAAACGUUUUCCUUGGGAUUCCUUUUGCAAAAGCACCAGUUGGAUCCUUGAGGUUUUCCCCACCUGAACCACCUGAACCCUGGAAUGAUCUGAGAGAUGCAACUUCCUACCCACCACUAUGUCCUCAAGAUCUGACCAUGUUGAAAAAAGCUGAAAAAAAUUAUCGAGAAAAACACAUUCCAUUCCGAACUUCUGAGGACUGUUUGUAUCUAAAUGUUUACAGCCCUGCUGGUUCAGACAAGAAGGACAAAUUACCAGUAAUGGUAUGGAUCCAUGGAGGCAAUUUUGUAUUUGGUGGUGCUUCUAGGUAUGAUGGUUCUGCACUAUCAGCCUAUGAGAAUGUUGUGGUAGUAAUAAUUCAGUACAGACUUGGACUGCUUGGAUUCUUCUGUACUGGUGAUCAACAUGCUCGUGGGAACUGGGGACUUUUGGAUCAAGUAGCAGCUCUUCGUUGGAUCCAAGAAAAUAUUGAACACUUUGGUGGAGAUCCAGGAUCUGUUACACUCUUUGGUGUAUCUGCAGGAUCUUGCUCUAUUUAUGGACAUAUUAUGUCUCCUUUGUCUAAAGGUCUCUUUCAUAAAGCAAUAUCAGAGAGUGGAAUUCUAAUCCCCCCUAAUAAAAAUUCACUUAUUUCAACACAUCUUAAGAAAAUUGCAAGUAUAUUUAAGUGUGAGACUAGUAGUUCACUUUCACUCAUAAACUGCCUGAGGAACCAAGAAGCAAUGGAUAUUGUCUCUAACAGUACGGAAAUCCAGCUUCUACCCUUAGUUUUGGAUGGAGUAUUCCUUCAUAAGUUGCCUGAAGAGAUCUUGACUGGAAAGGAGUUUAAUAUGGUCCCACUGAUGAUAGGAGUCACCAACAAUGAAUUUGGCUGGAACAUUAGAUCUACGUCACCAAUACCAGGUUUGAAAGAUGUCAAAGAUAAAAAAUCAAUCACUUCAACAUUAGAGUUUCUACUACCAAUGAUGGAUUUACCAGCAGAGUUAUUGCCUAUGAUAAUGGAUGAGUAUCUGGGAAACACAGAUGAUCCUGCUGAGCUACGGGACCAAUUUCUCGACUUGCUGGGGGAUGUAGGAUUUGUCAUGCCAUCCAUUAAAGCGUUAAAUUAUCACAAGGAGUCUGGAGCUCCUACUUACUUCUUUGAAUAUCAGCAUCGGCCCACUGCAUACAGGGAUAUUAAACCAGAGUAUGUGAAAGCCGAUCAUGGAGAUGAAGUUGGCUUUGUCUUUGGAGGACCAUAUCUGGCAGGUGAUAUAGGCCUAUACGAUGAAGCUACAGAGGAAGAAAAAAACCUUAGCAAAACGCUAAUGAAGUACUGGGCUAACUUUGCUCAAAAUGGAGAUCCUAAUGGGGAAGGUUUGGUUGAAUGGCCAUCUUAUAACCUAAAUGAAGAAUACUUGCAGAUAAACUUAAAACAAAAGAAAGCUAGAAAGUUGAAGGAAAAGAGGGUAGACUUUUGGAAAAAGAUUAUGUUUGAAUGGACAAAUAACAAAAGAAUGGAAAACAGGAAGGUUAAUUCAGAGUUAUAAUUUAUAGUUUAAACACACAUAAUAGGCAUACUACUAGGAUACCAAAAGAAAUUACUUAAAAUAUUUUUGAGGAUAAGAUAAUGUGUUCAUUCCUUUUACGUUUUCUUCACAGUUGUCAUAUUUAUGAUUAUUCACUGUAAUAAUUCCAAUGGGCCUAUUUCCACUUUGUGAUCCUUUAAUUUUUCCUGGGUUCAUGUCCAUAACAGAAGCCUCACUUAUUAAAUGUAGUUACCAGAUUUCCCUGCUGCUCAGGUUUUCCUAUAGCUUUGCCAUGAUUGAAGAUGGAAUGUAGCAGAAACUUGUUUUAAUAAAGUUAAAUCAAUAAAGUCCUGAUUUGCAAGUAAAA